UGGGCAUUGAGCUACUAAACAGAAGAGCAGAACACUGAAGACCUAUCCUCUUUCUCUGCACAGUUAGUCUGCUCAGCUCAGAAGUGGUCAUGGUACUUUAAAGAUCUCCUCUGCUGCCUUGAUGCUACUAGCGGCAUCAUGCCGCCAGCUCACAGCACACGCUCCGGACUGAUUCUUCUAGCCUGCUGCUGUCUCCUGUGCUCCACAGUAGCUCCCCCCAAACUAUCUUCAUAUGCCAAAACUGAAGACAAGCUGUUCAAGCAUUUGUUCUUUAACUACCAGAAGUGGGUGAGACCAGUGGAAGAUCUCAAUGCAACAAUACGGGUCAAAUUUGGACUGGCCAUAUCUCAGCUGGUGGAUGUGGAUGAGAAGAACCAACUGAUGACCACCAAUGUGUGGAUGAAGCAGGAAUGGGUUGAUAUGAAGCUGCGAUGGAAUCCACAACACUACUUGGGCAUCACAUCUAUCAGAGUGCCAUCUGACUCUAUCUGGAUCCCAGACAUUGUGCUUUAUGACAAUGCAGAUGGGCAUUUUGAGGCCACUGUCACUAAAGCUGUGGUGAAGUACGAUGGCACUAUCUCCUGGACACCUCCCGCGAACUACAAAUCCACCUGCACUAUAGAUGUUACCUUCUUCCCCUUUGAUCUUCAGAACUGCUCUAUGAAAUUUGGCUCCUGGACCUAUGAUGGCACACAGGUGGACAUUCUCUUGGAGGACAUCCAUGUGGAUAAGCGCGACUACUUUGACAAUGGCGAGUGGGAGAUUAUAACAGCUACGGGCAGCCGGGGCUUAAGGAUGGACGGCACCUGCUCCUAUCCCUUCAUAACUUACUCCUUCAUCAUCCAACGUCUCCCUCUCUUUUACACCCUCUUCCUUAUCGUUCCCUGCAUCGGCCUGUCCUUCUUAACCGUGCUGGUCUUCUACCUGCCCUCGAACUGUGGAGAGAAAAUCUCACUGUGUACCUCUGUUCUCGUCUCACUCACUGUAUUUCUCUUGGUGAUUGAGGAGAUCAUCCCCUCCUCCUCCAAGGUGAUCCCACUCAUUGGGGAGUAUUUGGUCUUCACCAUGAUCUUCGUCACACUCUCAAUCGUCAUCACAGUCUUUGCCAUCAAUAUUCACCACCGCUCGUCGUCCACGCACCACGGGAUGGCGCCCUGGGUCCGUCGCAUCUUCCUGCACAGGCUGCCGAAGCUACUGUGUAUGCGCAGCCAUGUCGAUCGCUAUGCCACCACCGGAGGGAGCCAGAGAGCGGGGCAGAGCAGAGGUCCUGUGGGGUUCAGCUGUGGGAAGGGUUUGACUCGAGAGACCACGUCUCUUCACAGCUCAAGACACAACCUGCAAGCGGCACUGGACUCCAUUCGUUACAUCACUCUCCAUGUUGUCAAGGAGAAUGAAGUCAGAGAGGUUGUUCAGGACUGGAAGUUUGUGGCUCAAGUGCUUGACCGCAUGUUCCUGUGGACCUUCCUCUUGGUGUCUGUGCUAGACUACGCCUCCAGUCUAGCCCUCUGGUACCUACACUUCUCUGCCUGCCGACACCGUACCUGGAUCUCCUUGAGCGCACCUUAUGCCUGCUGUUUGGAAUUUGUUGUGGAUAAGGGUGGACUGUUGUGUUUGAGGUGCACUGCGCACUCCUGCCUCUCACACUAUUAAAGAUAAACCCCUGACUAUUA